GCAAGCUCGAACCGCCUGUUUGCCUUCGAUGUCAGCGAACUUGACGUUUUGCAGAAAGAGUUUUCAGUUAUGAAGUCUAAGAUGGCCUUGCCGCACCUCCUGGGAGCGGGCCUGGGCUGGAAUGCGUCAGUGGGCGACUGUGUUCUGCCUGAUGAGAGUGAUGAUGAGGGCAGUGUGGGCGGUGAAAUUGCUGAGGCCUAUUAUCCUUCUGAUAACGAGGAGGUCGAUGAUGAGGUGUACCCGCCUGAGGAGACGGAUGAUGAUGUGGCAGGUGGUGGCGGUGGUGGAGGGCUUCCACACGGGUUACACGAAGUGGACCGCCUCCGGGGGCCCAGUGGGGUGAUGUCACUUGCCCACGCCGGAAGUGAUGCUAGUGGCCUUCUACCCCAGUCGCAUCGGCCGUGGCCGCUGGCCCACUGA